GUUUACUUUUUAUUUCUGUCACAAUGACACAUGACUAAUGGGGUUAUAUUUGUUUCUGCAGUCAUUUUGAACGACUUUAUUAUUAUUUUUGUGUAAAAUUAAACCGUUUCAAGAACAUGGCAACUAAAGAAGAAAAUCAAAAUUCGGCAAACAAGAAAACAAUGGAACAAUGUUACGAAAAUUAUAUUCUGGUUGAUGUUGGCGCAAAUUUAACCAAUAAAAAGUACAGCAGGGACCUGGAAUCCGUCAUUCAAAGGGCACGCGACUCAGGUGUCCAAAAAAUUAUGGUCACAGGAACCUCUGUAAAGUCAAGUAAAGAAGCGCUAAGAUUGACUCGAAUCUAUCCAGGCACAUUAUAUUCGACUGCAGGAAUACACCCCCAUGACGCUAAAUCAUACACUGACGAAUCUUGGAAUGAAUUGAAACUAGUCGCCUCAAAUCCCGAAUGUGUUGCUGUAGGCGAAUGUGGCUUGGACUACAAUCGAAAUUUUUCGGAACCAAGUGAACAAAGACAAGUUUUUCGAAAACAUAUCGAAUUAGCGAUCGAAAUUAAUAAACCGUUAUUUGUGCACGAACGAGAUGCUUAUGAAGAUUUAUUAGAGAUUUUAGAUGAGUACAAGGGUCAAUUACCUCCCGUUCUGGUGCACUGUUUCACAGGAACAGCUGAACAAGCGCUGACAUAUCUUUCAAGAGGCUUUUACAUAGGACUAACAGGCUACUUAUGUAAAGACAAAUCUGAUGUUGGGGUCCGCAAAUUACUGGUAGAUGGGUCCAUACCCUUAGACAGGCUUGUAGUGGAAACAGAUGCUCCUUUCAUGUACCCCAAUACACGAGCUUCAAAACUACCUCUUCAUGUCAAAGAUGGUCUAACCGAAAGAUCAUUAACCUUCCUUCAUCGAUAUUGUACCUUCCAAAGGAACGAGCCCUGCUCUUUGCCAGCGAUCGUGGAGAUGAUUGCUGCCUUUAUGAACAAGAAACCUGAAGAUGUUGCUCUAGCUACGUCUUUUAAUGCCUUGAAACUUUUUGGAUUGUCUCAAUGAUCAAAAACAGCUAUCGUUGUCAUCUCAGUUAAUCUAAGGGGAACAUAAACAAACAUACAAGCAUCUUAUUUAUAUUUUGUCUAUUUUCGAUAUCUUUAGGUCAAUGUAGGCAGCUUUGUGAAACGAAUUAAGCUAUAAUUAUACGACUUAGUUUAUACAACGAAUCGUGUAAAUAAUUUUAGGUAAUCACCAUUGUUAAUAUAUUUACCAAAAACGGUUCUUACCGUUUUUAAACAAUAAGAUUUAUUACGCAUAGACUAUUGUAGUUUAACUACUUCGAUUUGAGUAAAUGUUAAAGCCGAAUUGUCAAAUAUUUAUAUAUUUUAGGUUAGUACAUUAAUGUAUGUAUUUUUGUUGACUGCUUAGAUUUAAAUUACAGAUGAAAAGAUUUAUAUGGAAUAGAAAUUACGCUUUGUUAAAGUAUCGUCUUUCUAUCAUAAUUCUUAAUUGUUGAUAGAUAAAAUGAAAUUAUGGCGUAUAAUAAAAUCUGAUGCAAUAUUUUAGUUGGAACGGUAAUUUAUAUAGGAUAUUGAUGUAGUUUUAUUUUUUGGAUGCUGUGUAGUGUAAAAUGGCGAAUUAUUUUUGUAAAUUUAUUUUCAUAUUUUAGGGGUUUAUUUUGCCGCUAAUUGCCUCUAUAUGUGAUAUUUGUUUCCAUUUUAUAGACACAUGUGCCUUAUGUAGUACAAUAUGGAGAAUAAAUAAGUUGUAAUGAA